AUGGCCUGCGCGUACGAAGAAAAAGAGGAUGCCGACACGUACUUAGAUGUCGUCCUCGUCAAGGAAACAGGCGGCGACGAUGAUGAUGAGGGCGGCAUCGUGCUCAAGGUAGAGCACAUCAUCAAUGGCACCAACCUCGGCGGCGAGGAGCAGCCGAAGGAUCUCAUUAAUAAGGACCUGGGCAAGGACCGCUUGACAGUGAAGUGCGACAAGGUGGAGAUCGUGCAUGGCAGCAUGGUGGUAGGCGGCUCGCCGGCGACGUUGGUGGUGUUCCAGUUCGCCUUUGUCCCCCGCGCCCGCACGGCGCGCUUCAAGUCGGCCGAGAUCAUCCUCAAGUUCUCGGUGGGCGAGGUGUAUGCCAUCACACACGAGCACACGUUCGUCAUCAUGAAGUCCACGAAGACGCACGAAGUCAGCCAUAACGUCAGCCCGAGCAUUGAGGCGAAGGACACGCUUACCCUCGCGGACCACGCCAGAAUCCAAGGCAACAAGCGCACCCUGCUCGACAGGAGCGGUCAGAAGCGCCCCAGCAACAGCGUCAUUUGGUCUCUUUCGGAGAACGGGGACACGGAGUCGGGCAUCCCGCACUUGCUACAGACGGCGCUGCUGCUCAGGCGCGCCAAGCCUGCGGACGGGGCGUUCGAGCCUGGCUUCGAGGCCGAGAUAUCGAUUCGCGCUGACGUGGAUUCAAAGACCUCGGCGAAGGAGGUCGGCCAGGCCGUCAAAGCGUUUUUCACCGCCGGGUCGAAGAAGGGGAACGAUAUUGUCUUCAACCCCCUCCCACCGGAGAAGUCGCAUCCUCCUGAGAAGCUGCAGCCUCCUGUAAAUCCGCAGUCUCUGGACAGGCCAAAGCCUCCCGAGAUGCCUCAGCCGCACAAGAUCAAGACGCCCGAGAAAGCGGUUGCGGUGACAGAGAAGAUUCAGCCAAUUGGAAGAGAAGCACCUAGCGUCGGCGCCGACGAGGCUGUGGCAGAGAAAAGGAUGACCUUCGGAUUACCGAAGGCCGUGGUCCUGACGCCGGAAGUGGAGACACUCAUCGCUGACGUCGAGCAGGAGGCUGCGGCAAUUGGUGCUGAUGCCGAAACUGAACCCGAGCUACAGGAGCAGUUGGCUCUCGUGAGGGCCGAGGCGAGUUUCGUGAAGCGGCGGGUCGAUCUCGAGAAAUAA